UAGGCGGGCCAUUGGCUCCCAGCCGCGGCCCAGGCAGCUUUGGGGACUGAAAGCGGGCGGGGCCCCGCAGGCGGGGCCGGGGUGACCCAGGCUGCAGCCAUGGAGGACCAGAGGGAGGUGCUGAGGAAGAGCAUCAUGACGCUGGCCGUGAAGAACGAAGAGAUCCAGAGCAUCAUCUACGCCCUCAAACAGAUGCUGCUGAAUGUGGAGGCGAACUCGGCCAAGGUGCAGGAGGACCUGGAGGCGGAGUUCCAGUCCCUGUUCUCGCUGCUGGAGGAGCUGAAAGAGAGCAUGCUGAUGAAAAUCAAACAGGACCGCGCCAGCCGCACCUACGAGCUGCAGAACCAGCUUGCAGCCUGCACGCGGGCCCUGGAGAGCUCUGAGGAGCUGCUGGGGACAGCCAACCAGGCCCUGCAGGCCACCGACAGCCAAGGCUUCCCCCAGGCUGCCAAGCAGAUCAAAAAUGGGGACACCAUGACCACUGCCUUCCGCCUGUCCCUGAAAGCCAAAGCCAGCGACAACAUGAGUCACUUCAUGGUGGACUUCGCCCAGGAGCGGCAGAUUCUGCAGGCACUCAAGUUCUUGCCUGUGCCCAGCGCGCCGGUCAUCGGCUUGGCUGAGUCCCUCAUGGCCAACAGCCGCAUGAACCUGGUGUGGCACGUAACGGACGAGGACAGCAAGUUAGACCACUACGUGUGGGAGUACCGGCGGACCAACUUCGAGGGCUAGGGCCUGCCGCAUCUCAAGGAAGGCUAGCCCUGGAUGGUGAUCGAGGGCAUGAGGCCGACCGAGUACAUCUUGACCGGUCUCAAGUUUGACGUGAAGUUCAUGAACUUCUGCGCGAAGGCCUGUAACAAGGCCGUGGCAAGGGAGUUCUCCGAGCCGGUGACCCUGGAGACCCCAGUAUUCAUGUACCCCCUGGAAGGGUCCACAUCCCAUUAGAACCUGCGAGUGGACAAUCUCUCCGUGGAGUGGGACACCAUGGGCGGGAAGGUACAGGACAUCAAGGCUCGUGAGAAAGACGGCAAGGGGCGGAGGGCGUCUCCUGUCAACUCCCAGGCCAGGAGUAACCCAUCUCCCAAGAGGAUGCCUUCCGGUCGCGGGGGACGGGACCAUUUCAAGGCCGAGUUCUACACGGUGCUGGGGGACAUGCUGAGCGAUGGCGGUGAGCAUUAUUGGGAGGUCCGCUACGAGCCGGACGGCAAGGCGUUCGGCGUGGGCGUGGCCUACCGCAGCCUGAGCCGCUUCCAGCAGCUGGGCAAGACCGCCGCGUGCUGCUGCCUGCACGUCGACAACUGGCUGCAGGUCAGCUUCGUGGCCAAGCACGCCAACAAGGUGAAGGUGCUGGACGCCCCCGUGCCCGACUGCCUGGGCGUGCACUGCGACUUCCAGCAAGACCUCCUGUCGUUCUACAACGCCCGCACCAAACAGCUGCUGCACACUUUCAAGGCCAAGUUCACACAGCCGCUGCUGCCUGCCUUCACCCUGUGGUGCGGUGAACAUCUCCACUGA